GCGCUUUUCUGAAAUUAUGUCCAGGCAGUGGAGUGUUCACAAAGACGGCUCCAGACUCCAGAGUUUUCGUGUCUGGGUCCUGUUUUUUCUUGAGUCCAGUUCCCGUUGUUUCAGUGUUGUUGCAGCAGCCAAUGAUAUUGCAUUCCUUAUUAGGCCCAGCUGUUUAAAAAUGCAGAUUGAUACAUAACACUUUUGAAAGCAUUUCCGAAGUAAAGGUGUGUUAUAAAGGUUGUGUGAGAUAUAUAUAUAUAUAGCUAUUAAUAGUCUGCGAUCUCUUAAAUCCCAAAAUGAAAGCUAUAUACACCUUACCUGGGUAUUUAUUUCUGUUGGUUAUAUACAGAACCCAGGCACAUGAUAUUUCGAAAAGAGCGACAGCUGAUAACGACCUUUAUGUACUUGCCAAGCGCGACGGCGGUUGUGUUUCAGUCGACAGCAUCGAGCCUUGCCCGGUGACUUGGAAGCUUAGUGCGAUUGCAGCGAAAUUUUAUAACCAACAGACAAGACUGACAAAUUUUUCGUUAAACGGACUGGGGGAAUCAUUGGCCAGCAAUGAAUGUAAAGACGCGUUCAAGACAACAAUGUGCGGCCAGGCCGCACCUAAAUGUUCGGCAGAUGGUAGUCAAGACUAUAAUGCUUAUGGGGAUGUGGCAACGGCGUGCGCAAAGAUCUACUCCGAAUGUCCAAAGAACGUGUCUGAGCUAUUCAAAUCACGGAAGUUAUGUGAUAAGGUGUUCUCGGGAAAGAUAGCAAAGCCAACAUGCGAGACACCGCCUAAGAUUGAAGGAAGCUGCCCGCAACCGAAAUACAAGGUUUGUGAAUAAUGCAAAGCCUUUGGCUUUGCCAAAGCCCCUAGUUGGGCCUCAGCGAUGUGCGACAAAAUUUGUAAAUAAUUAAACGUUUGACUGCAAUGAUAACUGUAAUGAUCGACUUUGAAAACCUUCUCUUGCCACUCUAUUCUGUAUGCAAAUAAUAGAAAUCGUCUGAUUUUCAGUGAUUAAUAUCUGGUCGAUUCCUUUAGUCGAGGGGUUGGCACUUGUGACUUGUCUCAAUAGCGAUCGAUAUUUGGGCAACAUGCGCGACGGCCGGCUUAGUUCUAGCCUGCGUAGCAGUCGCUUUAUUUUAUUGUAGGUUUUGAGGAUUUUUGAAUAAAUGGCGAGUUAGAAAAAUGGACAAAGAAAAAAAGGGCGAGAUCGUGAAAACAUUCCAAAAAACGCGUGUUAUUGGUGUUAAUAAAUUCGUGAAAGUGAUACUGUGAUUAUUUUCGGAGGAAGACUUCAAAGUGAAUUUGAAAAUAUAUUUCACGUUAUUUUGAAUGUGAAAACAAUAUUUCUGAAAUUAGUAAUGACUAAUGUUUUGUUAAACAUGGUCAAGCUGUCACAAUUGACACAAAGCUCAGAAUUUCACCUCGUAUUCCAAAUGAGUUUUAAGGCUGAUUUCCACCAGCGCCCUGAUUUCCACUGUUGCGUUUUUCCGGCAUAUAUACGUACGUAUACGCACGUAAAACUUUAAAUCCAUUUAAAUAUUACUUAUGAAAUAACCAAAUAAAUAAAGCAACAGAAUUUAGUGUUCCGCAAGUUUUAGUACGCAUUUGUUAACUUAUUUGUAAAAUAUUUAAAAAAUAGAAGGAUUCAAAAUUUUAUGGUGGAAAUCAGCCUUUUGGAAGUCAAAACUCAAAAGAGGAACGCUUCACGUAGUUUACUUGUAAUAGAUUACCUGUUGAAACUGGUCGAUACGGCACUGAAUGUUUCAGAUUGACAAAUUCUUUAAUUCAUGCGCAUGCAAACAAGGCCGGAAACGAACGGCAUUACUAUUUAAUGACGAGCGACGAGGUUGUAAUUACAAGCCAAGGUUUACGGAUAUAUAAAAGAGCAGAUUUUAUAACCAAAUAAAAACUCGUUUCGUUCUUUCAAUAAUCAUGGCUUGCUUAUGUAUGUAUGUAUGUAUGUUAUUGCAGUCAUUGCAAUGAGGACUUUUGUGGCCAAAUAUUGUUCGAAAUCGAUGUCCUUCAUAGGGGCUUCGGUGACAGUCGUCAGGCUGACUGAACAAGCGCCUUUCACGUCUGAGAUUGUGGGUCCGUUUCUCACUAUAGACUCAUGUGGAAAGAGUCCGUCUACGCUCUGCCGAAUGUCGUGGGUUUUCUCCGGGUGUUCUCCCACAGGGAAAUUUGACAGGGAUGGGUUUAGGAUAAACACAGUUAUUAAUUAAGACUAAGUACUAUCACAAUUGUCGUAAAGAUAAAAUAGUCUUAGGCAAGCAUAUAAUACUUGAUGUAAAGCGCAUUUGAUCAUAGGUCAUCAUAUCCACAUGUAAAUUUGCGCUGUAGAUGUGUUAAUCUUAAUCUCAAUCUUAAUAUAAAUUCACAAACGAGUGUCCCUAUAUGUCGUGUGUUAAAAGUCGUGUAUCGUGGGUAAAGUCGUGGGUAAAGUCGUGGGUCAUAAAAUGUGCUAAAAACGCAUUUUUCAUAUUUUUAUUUUUAAUAUUUUUUUCGUACUUUUUCCUUUUAUGCGCUAGAUAAAUACAGGAAAAUUUAACGCAACACAUCUCCAGUAAUAAAACAAUUUCUUAUUUUGCUGUUAUCUAUAGUAUAACAAGUAAAUGUUUCCGUUUCGUAUAGUCUUAUAAUAAGUCUAUAAAUGUAUUGUUUGAUGAUAAAAUGUCCUAAGUUAUAGGAUAUUAGGAUAUAGGUUUAUUAGCUUUGGAAGUGUUAUAGUCCCUAUCAUGAACGCCGCGAAUAACUUUGUCGAUUGCAUAUGUCUGAUGCAAACAUAUUGAGCUAUAAAUUCUACGUGGCCAACGCUCGAGCCUCACUGAAUUUUGCUAUUUUAUCUCCUAGACCUAGUAUAUGUUCGUGGCCCUUAAAAGUAGACAACAUUUCAUGUGUAUGUGGCGUUCGGAAAUAUUCCAUAAAUUGCUACGAUUUGGGAUUUCGCGAUUGAAAACCGAAAUGAUUUGUGCGAUGUCGCCAUGUCGGGCUAUUUGCCAACCGAGCGCGCUAGCCGCUGUUAUUUUGACAGAAUAUGAUACCUCUACACUUUUCAGCCGUAA